AUGCACAACGCAGGCCGCGAGCUCGAGCGCAUUGGCGUUCUCAGCAUGGCCGAGCAGCUAACGAUCUCCAACUCGUCUGCCGUGUGGGACAUUCGACUCCUCAUGGCGGCGGUCGCUGCCAACCCCGAGGACCAGGACGCUCUAUCGGGGUUGAACAUGCUCGCUCGUUUGGCUCUCGCUGGCGGGUUUGCCCUGGACAGCGGCCGCGUCGUCGAGCGCAAUAUUGUCUUUUACGUUUGCCCAGGCAUCGGUCAUGACGACGCCGGACUCACCGACGCACGACAGCUCUGCGAGCUCGCCAGCGAGACGGUCGUCGUGGCAGAGAAUGGGCGACUGCGUGGGGCUGCGUGCGCGCACUGGCAGCUCCUGCAGAAGAAGGUUGCGACGCGCAACGAGAUGCACGAGCAGGUGACGCAUCCGUCGAGCAAAACCGCGUACCAGCACCUCUCACGCGACCAGCUGCAAGAGCGACUGCGUCAGGCCGUGGCCAAACUCAAACAGCAGGAGCGUCAACAAGGAGUCGCUGCCAGUGGUAAGAGGCACCCGGCGGUCGAUUCCGCGUCGCCUCCAACGACGACAAAGAAGCUCCACACGGUACCCAUAUCAAACCCCGCCAUGACUCGAUGGGUCUAA